AUGCUGGGUCGGAGGCGCGCCAAAGGCCCAAAACCGUGGGAAAACGGUGCAGUACCGACGGACGACACCCAACCUAAGACCUUUGAGGAUCGUCCCCUCCGGUGUUUGGGAAGAACCCGUCCCGCCGUGUCUGCUUCCAUCUCAUGCAACGCAAAGACAGAGGCAACUAUUGCAAGAGAGGAGGGGAAAGGCCUGUCCAUCCUGGUUGCCGCCCCUAACGGAAAGCAACAAAUCCCUGGUCCAGUGCUAAGCGAGCCCACUGGACCGCACUGGCCACUUCUCUUUCAAUGGAAGUUUCCACUCCUAUCCAGGACAACCUUCAACCACCUUGACGUGAAGUCGCAGUUGCAGUGUCGCGUCCUCAUUUUCGGGUAUGUGGGGACUCGAACCAUUGCGCGGGCCAACGUCCCUCCUGUCUCGCAGCGCACGGGAUACCGGGAUAUCUACGAACACAGCGUCGUGAGCUUGUACGGAUCACUUCAUCAUGGACACUUACGCUUCAUUCAUGACUUGGUGCUCCCACGUAGCUCGCCUAUGAUAGGUGGGCACAGCAGGAGUAGCACAGCAGGUGAUGCGAAGAAUCUGGCCGGACUGUCAAUGGCUUCACCAAAGUGCGAAGCCAUUCAAGGGAGAGCGACAGGGAUCCACUUUAAUCAGGUACCCAUGCUCCCAGAGACCCACUCUACUUGUCGCUCCACCUCAGUCCAGACAGGUACGUACCGUGGAAGACCCAAAACAGACGGAACGGAGACGAUGCAGCAAAUCAGCGAAAGGAAGACCGUGUGGAUCAAGGUACCUUCACGACUCAUCAUCUCGACACACUGCUCUCUCCUCUUACACAAGUCAACCUGCCUGGACUUGCACACAACCAUCACCAAUCCGUACAAGACAAAAGUACGGAUAUUCGCGUCAAACAUCAUCUGCCUCUCGGUCGGCCUGGAGUCGAGACAAUCCGCCCCAAUCUUCAAGUACUCUCCCUCCAUUGGCUACAAAUACCGAUACACGCACACGAACACGGCGCAACAAGUAUGCUUCGCUCACUUGCGACUCGCCCGUGUCGUACCUACAGUCUCAACCUUCCGCCGGGAAUCCCAGCAUCGUCUGAUGAAUCUGCCUUCGAGAAUCGCUAGAACAACCACUUGUCUUGCACCCUCUGCAGCCGGUACCCGUCCAUACAACUUUGCCGAAUUGUGGGCUGCGAGCGCGUGUGCUAGCCCUCUGCAAGACUGCAAGACGCAGGUCGUAAAACUACGCCUGGCAUCCCGCCUGAUAUUGAGACUGAUCAGUCAGACCAAUACCUCAAUGAAGGGUGCAAUGCGAGAAACACGCCAUUGUUUAGAUGAGACGGGCCCGAUUGCUGCACAGUGCUCCGCCAGCAAACAUUUACAUACACGGCUCGGUCAAACAGACUUUCUUUGGACGACAAGAAGAGACCGGACAUCAGAUACAUCGAGCGAUCCUACUACACCGGCCCCUCACAGACUGAUACCCACGAGGCCUAAGACCACGAAAGCCUACCGCCCCGAAGCGCUCCCGGGAUGGCCUUGUUCGUCCCAAGUUACUGCUCACAACACGUUUGGGGUCAAGGCACCAGCCAAUGGACAGCUUCAGACAUUUGCGUGGACACAAUUGACGAAACUGUCAGAGCACGUCAACCCACAUACCAGUUGCUACGCGCCAUACGACUUGACUCGAUAUCUUAAUUCUAUUCAGCCCAGCAUGUACACUCACUUACAAGCAAAGAAAAUGCCAUCACGCAGGCAAGCUAGCCUGACCCCUAAGGAGCAAAAAUGGUCGAGAAGCAAGGGUUCUGGAACGCCCGAGAGUUCCAGUCACGACUCAUUACUAGGACAUGGUGCAAAGUCUCAACCGUUUGGAGGCGCUUCUGUUCAUGGCCUUACCUACAAUCACCUUCGAAACGCAGAUCACCGUCUCCAUUCUUGCAUAGUCUUGUCCACUUUCUCGUUGGCGGGCCUAUCCCCAGACAAGAUCACCAAAUCCGCUCGGGGUGGGGGAUCGUUCCCACUGGUCAAUGCUCAACCCGCCCGAUUUUGCUGCUCUACUCAGAAUCAGGGGUCUUCCGGAAAUAACUUUCGCAGGUGCAUCUUCACCCCAGUGACCCCACCGGCGACUAACUCUCCGUUCUACCUGGUUGCACACAGUGCUCGAUCUGAAGUGUACGGAAAGACAGGCGAGCAAACCCAAUACCUAGUCGCGUCCCGCGGAAGCUCUACGAGCACAACAAACAGGCCGUUUCUGCGGUUGGUUGUGACGACACACGGAUACUUCUGUCAUGGGCCUUACGCAGUAUUCGUCUACUUGUUGAGAACCGUCUGGCAACCCACUUCCAACCGAGAGACCGUUCUCUAUCCGUUUUGUGGCAUGACUCGAACACAGCCUGGAGCUUCUGCCUUAAUGCCGAAGAACAACCAUUGCGUCAUAGGUGCUCUUGUCCAAGACCCGAUACUGGUUGAAGCCUAUCAUGUUACAGUCGAGCAAUGA